AUGGGCGGCCAGGACAAAGCCACCCACAGGCCCAUAUCAAGCAAGUCGGAGCAUGCGCAAGCCCUGUUUGACCUGGGGCUGCUGCAGGCAUGGGGCUUCGAACACCAGGAGGCUGCGGUCAACUUUGAGGCGGCGCUUCGCUUCGACCCCAAGUGCACCAUGUGCCAGUGGGGCCUGGCCUAUGCAUCUGGCCCCUACCCCAACGUGGUGACGGGCCAGGAGGGCGACCCUUUUCCCGUCUUCACGCGCUCGGCCGCGCAGGCUGGAGAGGACCACGCGAAGAAAGCCCUGCAGAUGGCCAAGGACGCGGUGGAGGCCGGCGACGGGGACACCGACCUGCUGCAGCGGGAGCUGCAGCUGGCAGAGCUGAUGGCCAGGAGGUUCCAUAGCGCAGCGCUGGCUGUGAGGGGCAGCGGUGAGCAAUGGUACGCGCAGGAGCGCGAGUAUGCGGAGGCGCUGGCGGCUCUGGGGGAGCGGCUCGGCAAUGAUGCCGACGUGUUUGCUCUUUCGGCGGAGGCCUUCAUGAACCUCAAGCCCUGGGAUUACUACACUAACCUCGGCAACCUGCGCCCCGAGGGAGUCAAAGCAGAGGAGCAGCUGCUUCGCGCAUUGGCUAUCGAUGAGCACCACCCCCUUGCGCUGCACCUUCACGUGCAUGUGACGGAGGCGGCAGCGCCGACGCUGGAGGGCGCUGGCGGUGACCGGGCAUCAUGGGCGGGGCGCGGCCUGGGCAGCGCAGAGAAGCUGGCAGCGCUUGCGGCGCAGCACGGGCACCUGAUCCACAUGCCGUCUCACACUUUUGUCAGGGUUGGCCUCUACAAAACAGCAGUGGAGUCCAACAAGAAGGCCUACGAAUUUGAUGUCAGCCGCAGCACCCACUGCAUCACCCCUUACCUGCCUGAGCACAACAUACAUCUCCUGAUAUACGCAGCAAGCAUGGGCGGCCAGCUCCACACCGCCGAAGCCUACGCAAAAGGCGUCCGCAGCCUGCGGGAGCGCGUGGGCGCCAAAUGGAUCUCCCCUGGCAAUGACUGGACCAGCCUGCCCCUGGUGCUGGCCAGGUACGGCGAGUGGCGCAAGGUGCUGCAGCUGUCGGAGCCGCCGCAGGAUGCGCGCGGCGGCGGGGCCCACGGGGGCCCGCAGUACUCACAGGUCGUGUACCGAUUUGUGCGCGUGCUGGCCAUGGCGGCGCGCGCCGAUGCGUACAGCCGCCGCGCCCUGGCCGUGGACGACCAGCUGGCGUACGACCUGGCGGCAAAGGGUGCCAAGGCGCGGCUGGAUGACGUCACCGGCGAGAUGAGGCUGCUUAGGGCCGCCAUCAGAGCCAUCCCUACGGAGACUCCCACGCGCCCCGGCACCGCCCUGGGCAUCUACGCGUCGUCCUACCAGGCCCUCGGCCGCAUGCACGGCGCAGUGGCGGAGGCGCGCAUCGCGCUCAUGCUCAACCACACUUCACAGGCGCGCGCCAUCCUCCAGCUGCAGGACGCGCUGGCGGAGGAGGAGGGCCUCGGCUACAUGGAGCCGCCGCGCUCCCACCAGCCGACGCGGCAGUGCCUGGGCUUUGUGCUGCUGCAGGCCGGCAGGCCGGCUGAGGCGGCUGAUGUGUUCAGAAAGGAUCUCCUGCAGCACCCCAACAACGGCUGGUCGCUCACGGGCCUGACAGAGGCGCUCACAGCCGAGGGCGACUCGGCCGGCGCGGCCAAGGCAUCAGAGCAGCUGACAAAGGCGUGGGCAGACGCGGGCGCAGAGGUGCAGGUAUGGAGCAGCUGCCCGGCGCUGGCGCAGACGUUCGACCUGUGA